CUGCUGGGCGUGAAGCUGCCGGUGCAGGACCGGUUCCUCGAGCGAGCGGCUCGUCUGUUAAUGCUCUGGGCAUCCUUCCCGUCCGCCGAGCGAGGGUCUCCCUUCCCGGGAUUCCAGCCGAGGGAUCAGCGAUGCUGCAGUCGCUCUGGCGUCUUUUCUCUUGCCUCUUCCUAAGGGCUGGGUGUCAAGGCCCUGCUGCGGCCAAGGAGGAGGUGGCAAAGGAAGAACCCCCCGUUCCCAGCCCUGGGGACCAAGUGCCAAAGAUGCCCAGGAAGCUGCUCAACAAAGGGGCUGAGCCCUCUGAAAGGAGACCAGCUAUUCUCCUGGUGGUUGGGCCUGCUGAGCAUUUCACGGAGAAAAUCGUAAAGGCCGGAGAUAAGGACCUUGAUGGCCAGUUGGACUUUGAGGAGUUUGUUCACUACCUUCAAGACCACGAGAAGAAACUGAGGCUGGUUUUCAAGAGCUUGGACAAAAAGAAUGACGGCCGCAUCGAUGCGCAGGAGAUCAUGCAGUCCCUUCGCGAUCUGGGCGUCAAGAUCUCCGAACAGCAGGCGGAGAAAAUUCUCAAGAGAAUAAGGACAGGGCACGUCUGGGGUCCUGUCACUUACAUGGAUAAAAACGGGACGAUGACAAUCGAUUGGAACGAAUGGAGGGAUUACCACCUCUUGCACCCGGUGGAGAAUAUUCCCGAGAUUAUCCUGUACUGGAAACAUUCCACGAUUUUUGAUGUGGGGGAGAAUCUCACCGUCCCAGAUGAAUUCACGAUGGAAGAGAGGCAGACGGGGAUGUGGUGGCGGCACCUGGUGGCGGGGGGAGGCGCAGGUGCCGUGUCGAGGACUUGUACGGCUCCCCUGGACCGCCUGAAAGUGCUCAUGCAGGUCCACGCGUCCCGCAGUAACAACAUGUGCAUCAUUGGAGGCUUUUCCCAGAUGAUCCGCGAGGGUGGCCCGAGGUCCCUUUGGCGUGGCAACGGCAUCAACGUCUUGAAGAUCGCUCCGGAAUCAGCUAUCAAAUUCAUGGCUUAUGAACAGAUCAAACGCUUCAUCGGCACGGACCAAGAGGUGUUGAGGAUUCACGAGAGGCUGGUGGCAGGCUCGUUGGCUGGGGCCAUUGCACAGAGCAGCAUCUACCCCAUGGAGGUUCUGAAAACCCGGAUGGCCCUGCGUAAAACAGGGCAGUACUCAGGGAUGCUGGACUGUGCUAAGAACAUCCUUGCCAAAGAAGGGCUGGCUGCGUUCUACAAAGGCUACAUUCCCAACAUGCUGGGGAUCAUCCCUUAUGCUGGAAUUGACCUGGCUGUGUACGAGACAUUAAAAAACAGCUGGUUGCAGCAUUAUGCAGUGAACAGCGCAGACCCUGGCGUCUUUGUCCUGUUGGCCUGUGGUACCAUCUCAAGUACUUGUGGGCAGUUGGCCAGUUACCCUCUUGCCUUGGUACGGACGCGGAUGCAGGCUCAAGCUUCAAUCGAAGGAGCCCCGGAGGUGACGAUGAGGGGCCUCUUCAAACACAUCCUGAAGACGGAAGGAGCGUUUGGGCUCUACAGGGGCUUGGCCCCCAAUUUCAUGAAGGUGAUCCCCGCCGUGAGCAUCAGCUACGUGGUCUACGAGAACCUGAAGAUGACUCUGGGGGUGCAGUCUCGGUGACCACCAUGUGGCCUCUCUGGACUCUUGAAUCCUUAACCAAGCCUUGGGGCUGCGGCUCCAGGGCGAACGGCCAUUUCAUUCUGUGAAUGGGUUGAAGACACUAAGUUGCGUGAGCCAAGCUGUGAACCUCCCAGACCGAGGGGGGGCUGGGAGGACGGGGAGGGGGGGGCUUUUAUCUUUGUGUUGCUGUCAGAAGCCCCGGGGUGAAGGACCAAACCAGGAACCCACCCUCCCCGGGCCAGGAGACCGUCACAGGCUGCUUGGUGGAAGCUUGGCUUCUAAGGUAGCAGAAGAGGUGGGACAAGCACGACCCUCUUCUUCAAAGCCUCUUAUGCCAUUUCCGUAGAUCACCUUCCAUCCUGGCUUCUUUCGUUGGGCUGUUAACGUCGCCUACCAUGGCUUUAAAUCCACAGAAAGGGCCCGCCUUAGGGGGAAAUGGCUACUGAGCCAAAACAAAGAAAGAAAGAAAGAAAAAAAGAAAAAAAAAGUUGGUGUUUACAUAACAGUACUGCUGGGUGAGAGCAAUCUGCAUCCUACUUGGCCAUCUUGCCACUGCCUGGUCGUUUUUUAUUUAAAAAAAAAAAAACCUGGCUUGAGGGCAAGGAAGGUUACUUUUUUUUUCCCCUCCCCCACCCCCACCCCCCAAGGCUAGUCAAGCAGAGCUGAAAGGUUCCUCUGUUCACAGUGAUGCUGCUUAAUGAGAUGCACUUAUUAAGAGGUCUGAACCUUUGAAUGCCCCAAAGGCGGAGGAGAAGGAAUCUCUGCUUCCCAUUGUAACUUUUUUGCUUUGGCUGUAAGGGCCACCGGUUCCUCCGUUUGGGAGCCCUGACCAUGUGGCCGCUCUGCCGUUCUUUAGGCCCUCUCGGUCUUUAUAGACGGGCGCCAAGGCUUACGUUUGGGGCAGGUGAGCGGGGUUACACGCUUCGGGUAACGAGUAGCUUUUGCUACAGGGAGCAAAAGGGGUUAACUGACAAUGGAAAAACAGUUGUAUUUGUGGAGGAAUGGAAAGGGUGAGCUGCCUAGGGUUUUUACCCCCCCCUCCUCCUCCUGCCAGGCACUGGGUCCUGGGGAGAAGGGGAAAGUGUAGCAGCUGUAUUUAUGACCGUCCCAAGGGCUGGUCAGUUCUCUUGUUGGGGCGGGGGGCUUGGAAAUGUUUCUCUGACUUUUUUUUUGGAGGCCAGCCUCUCAUUCCACUCUUGUUUUUACCGCUUCAAAGCAUAUUUAUUUUGUAUUUAUUUGGAAGGCGAGACUUGCUUGCCAAUCUAUUUUUAUAGACCUGUUGCCAUA